AUGCGGAUGACCCCGGUGACGCAGGGUUGUCCAUGCUCACCCGUAUCUGUUGUGAUCUUUCAGGCGAGGGAUGACGACGACUUCUCCCUGCCCCCCCACCGAGACGAAGAGCUGGACCGCCUGCUGUCGGACCAGGAUUCAAACGGAGAGGGCGGUCUAUCCAUAGCCGAGGCCCUCUUACCCUUGGUGGACUCGCUACUGCCUCCCCUCAUCCCCUGGGUUUACUCCACCCGCUACAAGACGGAGCUGUGCACCAGCUACGCCACGUCGGGAUUCUGCAGGUAUGCCGAGCGCUGUCAGUUUGCCCACGGCCUCCACGAGCUUCACGUGCCCUUCCGACACCCCAAGUACAAGACGGAGCUGUGCCGCAGCUACCACACGGCCGGGUACUGCUACUACGGCCCCCGCUGCUUGUUUGUGCACAGCCCUCUGGAGCAGCGGCCUGCCUGCCGCCGCCGCCGCCGCCGAAACGUCCCCUGUCGCACCUUUCGCUCCUACGGGGUCUGUCCCUUCGGCACGCGCUGCAACUUCCUGCACGUCGAGGGUGGGGAUGGGGACUGCGGCACGGAGCCACCGGACAGUGGCGAGAAAACGCAGCUCGUUUCCGGCCCGCCGCUCCACCAGCAGGCCAAGGCGUGGAAGCCACGUGGAGCCCUGUGCCACACCUUCAGCUCCUUCGGCUUCUGCCUCUACGGCACCCGCUGCCGCUUCCAGCACGGCCUUCUCAGCACUCUCCGACAGGGCUCCAACCCCGGCCAGGAGGUUUCCCCGUCCCCUCGGCCGAUCAGUCGGGCGCUGUCCCAAAGCUCCGACAUGUUCUCGUCCACCUCCACAAGCCCGCCACAAUCCACCUCGGCCUCCCCGCUCACCACCCCGCCUGUUCAGCCUACUGUCCACAACGCGUUCACCUUCUCCACCCCGCACCUCAGCGACCUGCUGCUGCCCGUGGCCCUGCAGCAGCUGGAGGGGGGCCAGGGAGGGCGCGGCAUCUCCGAGACCGCAGAGCGGUGGGGCUAG